AUAAAAGGGCGGUUGCCGCAGGUGGCAUAGCAUUCUUCCCGUGUCCACUUCGCUCUCUGCAAGAUGUGUCGUUUUGCAAUGCUGUUGUUUGUGGUGUUGGCGGUGACGGCCGUCGUGGUGACAGAAGCACAGAGGGAACCUUCAGCUUCAAAGUGUCAGGCUGCAACAGAGCUAGCAAUAGAGAUUCUGCAGGCAGCGAAAGGCGCUCACACCGGGGUGGUCGUGGGACCCCACAAGAGGAACUCGGAGCUCAUCAACUCUCUUCUGGGUCUUCCCAAGUUCAUGAUUGACGCUGGCAGGAGGUGAUGAGAUGCCUCCCUCUUCACAACUUCAAGUUAUUAGAUGCACAAAUCUGAGCCCAAUUUUCCAAAAAUCAGUUACACCGUUUCUUAUAGUAGGACUGAACUAAGCCGAAGAGAAUGUCCUUUUUUCUUUGGUAUACUGAAUUCUGAACACAAUUGUAUGACUUUGUG